AUGACAAUCUUCAAAGAAAACGGAUAUUCAUUAAAUUCUAGAACUCCUAAAAGGAAGUUGACAAAUGAGUCGGCAACUCUUUCACGUUUUCCUGCUUCUGCAUACUCUUUUAACAAUAUUUCUCAUAUAUAUUCAGCUAGUGUUCGUUCUUUAUUACCCCAACCCACUGUAGGGGCAUCGUCAAUCCAGACAUUAAAAGGCUGUUGCCCAGAAAAUGGCGAUAUGAAUGAUGAAAGUAUCAAGGAAGUUAGACACCUUCUCAGAAAUGGAUAUCGGUAUGGAUCUUGA